AUGUACUCACGGGACGCCAUUGCACAAGCUGCCUCUGCUUUCGCUCUUGCCUUAGUUGCUAUGGCGCUAGCGGAUGACAGGCUGGUGGUGCUUGAGUGUCUAGAACUAUGGCGUUUAAAUCUUGCUGCAUCGGCACUAACCGAAUUUUCCUUCCUUUUCUUUCUUUACAACCUCUCAUUCGUUGACAUCUGUUUCUCCUCCACCGUCGUGCCCAAAAUACUUGUGAAUACAUUGUCUAAAGACAAAAGCAUUUCCUUCUUAGGAUGUGCCUCUCAGAUGUAUUUCUCCUUGGCACUGGGAGCUACAGAAUGUAUAACAUUGGCAGUGAUGGGCUACGACAGAUAUGUAGCCAUCUGCAACCCUUUACGAUAUCAGAUCAUCAUGAAUAAAAAACUAUGUUUAUGCCUGGCAGCUUUUUCCUGGACUGUGAGCUUUCUGAAUGCCAUCAUUCAUGCUACCUUCACUUUUGAGUUGCCAUACUGCAAGUCCAAUCAUGUUAACCAUUUCUUUUGUGAAAUGCCCCCACUUUUCAUGCUCUCCUGUAGAGACACCUUAUUCAAUGAAGUGGCUGUAUACAUCUCAGGGGGAAUAAUUGCAUUGUGCUCAUUUUUGUUGACUAUAGUUUCCUAUUUUCACAUAAUUACCACCAUCUUGAAGAUUCAUACCUCCAAAGGGAGGUACAAGGCAUUCUCCACCUGUGCUUCACACCUUACUGUGGUUUCUCUCUACUAUGGAACCAUUGUGUUCAUGUAUUUGCGUCCCCGACACAGUUACUCACCAGAUCGGGACAGAGUCAUCUCUAUACUUUACACAGUGGUGACUCCAAUGUUGAAUCCUAUCAUCUACAGUAUAAGAAAUAAGGAUGUCACAGGAACUCUAAAAAAAAAAUUCAUAAGAAAAGAUAAACAUUGA